CCCGAGCCGCAGUCGGACUCGGAGCCCGAGGGAGCGAUCGGCGCGCAGGCAGCCGAGGCCCGGGCGCGCUCCGGGGGCGCGGCGAGGCCGAGGGGGCGGGCGCCGGGCGGAGCCGGAGCCGCAGCCGGGGCGCCUGGAGGCGGUCGGGCCGCUCUCUCCGAGCUCAGGGCAGCGGAGAGCCUGUGCGGCGGGGGUCCGGGCCAGAGCGCAGUCCCGCAGCUGAAGUGGGCCGAGAGGAGCCGCGGCCGGAGCGGCCGGAGCGGCGCCGGGACCCUCCCCAGGGGCGCGGAGGCCGGGCGGGCCCGGGCCAUGCGCGCCGCUCUCUGAGGCCGAGGGAGGCCGCGAUGGAGGUGCCGGCGGGGGAGCCCCCGGCCCGGGGCUGCGGUCCCCCGCCCGUGCCCGCCCCGGAGAGGAAGAAGAGCCACCGCGCGCCGUCGCCGGCCCGGCCCAAGGACGUGGCCGGCUGGUCUCUGGCCAAGGGCCGCCGCGGCCCAGGCCCGGGCGCCGCAGCCGCCUGCAGCGCCGCGUCCUCCGCGCGGCCGGACAAGAAGGGGCGCGCGGUGGCGCCCGGGGCGCGGAGCGCGGGGACACGAGUGGCCGGGGUCCGCACCGGGGUUCGCGCCAAGGGCCGCCCGCGCCCCGGUCCCGGGCCGCGCCCGCCGCCCCCGCCGCCCAGCCUCACCGACAGCAGCUCGGAGGUGUCGGACUGUGCGUCGGAGGAGGCGCGCUUGCUGGGCCUGGAGCUGGCGCUGAGCAGCGACGCCGAGUCGGCGGCCGGGGGCCCGGCGGGGGCCCGCACGGGGCAGCCGCCCCAGCCCGCGCCGCCCGCACAGCAGCCCCCGAGGCCGCCCGCCUCCCCGGAUGAGCCGUCGGUGGCCGCGUCGUCGGUGGGCAGCAGCCGCCUGCCGCUCAGUGCGUCGCUCGCCUUCUCCGACCUCACCGAGGACAUGCUGGACUGCGGGCCCGGCGGCUUCGUGCGAGAGCUGGAGGAGCUGCGCUCGGAGAACGACUAUCUCAAGGACGAGAUCGAGGAGCUUCGGGCCGAGAUGCUGGAGAUGCGGGACGUCUACAUGGAGGAGGAUGUGUACCAGCUGCAGGAGCUGCGGCAGCAGCUGGACCAGGCCAGCAAGACCUGCCGCAUUCUGCAGUACCGUCUGCGCAAGGCCGAGCGCCGCAGCCUCCGAGCCGCGCAGACGGGCCAGGUGGAUGGGGAGCUCAUCCGUGGGCUGGAGCAGGACGUCAAGGUCUCUAAGGACAUCUCCGUGCGGCUGCAUAAGGAGCUCGAGGCGGUGGAGAAGAAACGGGCGCGGCUGGAGGAGGAGAACGAGGAGCUUCGGCAGCGGCUCAUCGAGACCGAGCUGGCCAAGCAGGUGCUGCAGACGGAGCUGGAACGGCCGAGAGAGCAUUCCUUGAAGAAAAGAGGAACCCGCUCCCUGGGGAAGACAGACAAGAAGACUUCGGUGCAGGAGGACAGCGCGGACCUGAAGUGCCAGCUGCACUUUGCAAAGGAGGAGUCAGCCCUCAUGUGCAAGAAGCUCACCAAGCUCGCCAAGGAGAACGACAGCAUGAAAGAGGAGCUGCUCAAGUACCGCUCGCUCUACGGCGAUCUGGACAGCGCCCUGUCCGCCGAGGAGCUGGCCGAUGCGCCCCACUCCCGGGAGACCGAGCUGAAGGUGCACCUGAAGCUGGUGGAGGAGGAAGCCAACCUGCUGAGCCGCCGCAUCGUGGAGCUGGAGGUGGAAAACCGAGGCCUGCGGGCGGAGAUGGAUGACAUGAAGGAUCACGGCGGCGGCGGAGGCGGCGGCGGCGCGGAGGCGCGCCUGGCCUUCUCGGCGCUGGGGGGCGGCGAGUGCGGGGAAAGCCUGGCGGAGCUGCGGCGACACCUGCAGUUUGUGGAGGAGGAGGCCGAGCUGCUCCGGCGCUCCUCGGCAGAGCUGGAGGAGCAGAACAAGCUGCUGCUCACCGAGCUGGCCAAGUACCGCUCGGAGCACGAGCUGGACGUGACGCUGUCGGAGGACAGCUGCUCCGUGCUCAGCGAGCCCUCGCAGGAGGAGCUGACAGCCGCCAAGCUGCAGAUCGGCGAGCUCAGCGGCAAGGUCAAGAAGCUGCAGUACGAGAACCGGGUGCUGCUCUCCAACCUCCAGCGCUGUGAUCUUGCCUCCUGCCAGAGCACGCGGCCCAUGCUGGAGACGGACGCCGAGGCCGGGGACUCUGCCCAGUGUGUGCCCGCGGCUCUUGGCGAGGCCCACGGCCCCCACGCUGCCCGGCUCUGCAGAGCCAGGGAGGCCGAGGCGCUGCCUGGGCUGAGGGAGCAGGCCGCCCUGGUCAGCAAGGCCAUCGAUGUCCUGGUAGCCGACGCCAACGGCUUCUCGGCCGGCCUCCGCCUGUACCUGGACAACGAGUGUGCUGACUUUCGGCUGCUUGAGGCCCCUGACAACAGCGAGGGUCCCAGGGACACCAAGCUCAUCCAUGCCAUCCUGGUGCGGCUGAGCAUGCUCCAGCAGGAGCUCAAUGCCUUCACGCGGAAGGCGGACGCCGUGGUCGGGAGCUCUGCCAAGGAGCAGCCAGAGCCCUUCCCCGCGCUGCCUGCCUUGGGCUCCCAGGGGCCCUCCAAGGAGAUUCUUUUGGCCAAAGACCUUGGCUCAGACUUCCAGCCGCCUGACUUCAGGGAUCUGCCGGAAUGGGAGCCCAGGAUACGAGAGCCCUUCCGCAGUGGUGACUUGGACUCCAAGCCUGACCCCGGCCGGAACUUCAGGCCUUACCGAGCCGAAGACAAUGAUUCCUACGCCUCUGAGAUCAAAGAGCUGCAGUUGGUGCUGGCCGAGGCCCACGACAGCCUCCGGGGCCUGCAAGAGCAGCUCUCCCAGGAGCGGCAGCUACGGAAGGAGGAGGCCGAAAACUUCAACCAGAAAAUGGUCCAGCUGAAGGAGGACCAGCAGAGGGCGCUCCUGAGGCGGGAGUUUGAGCUGCAGAGUCUGAGCCUCCAGCGGAGGCUGGAGCAGAAAUUCUGGAGCCAGGAGAAGAACAUGCUGGUGCAGGAGUCCCAGCAGUUCAAGCACAACUUCCUGCUGCUCUUCAUGAAGCUCAGGUGGUUCCUCAAGCGUUGGCGGCAGGGCAAGAUUUUGCCCAGCGAGGGGGAUGACUUCCUUGAGGUAAAUAGCAUGAAGGAGCUGUACCUGCUAAUGGAGGAAGAGGAAUUAAAUGCCCAGCAUUCAGAUAACAAGACCUGUGCAGGGGACAGCUGGACCCAAAACACGCCCAACGAGUAUAUCAAGACACUGGCCGACAUGAAGGUGACGCUGAAGGAGCUGUGCUGGCUGCUUCGGGAUGAACGCCGUGGUCUGACCGAGCUCCAGCAGCAGUUUGCCAAGGCCAAGGCCACCUGGGAGACGGAGCGGGCAGAGUUGAAGAGCCAUACUGCCCAGAUGGAGCUGAAGGCUGGCAAGGGGGCUGGGGAGCGGGCAGCCCUGCAGCGGGAGCGUGAGGAGCAGCAGCACCUGCUGGCUGAGUCCUACAGCGCCGUCAUGGAGCUGACGCGGCAGCUGCAGAUCAGUGAGCGCAACUGGAGCCAGGAGAAGCUGCAGCUGGUGGAGCGGCUUCAGGGUGAGAAGCAGCAGGUGGAGCAGCAGGUGAAGGAGCUGCAGAACCGCCUGAGCCAGCUGCAGAAGGCCGCUGAACCCUGGAUCCUGAAGCACUCAGACCUGGAGAAGCAGGACAAUAGCUGGAAAGAGACACGGAAUGAGAAGAUUCUCGACAAGGAGGCGGUUUCUGAAGCUGACCUUGGGGGCACCGCCUUAAAAAGGACCAAAUCUGUUUCCUCCAUGUCUGAGUUUGAAAGUUUGCUUGACUGUUCCCCCUACCUUGCCGGGGACGCGGCCCGCGGUAAGAAGCUGCCCAACAACCCUGCCUUUGCCUUUGUGGGCACCCAGCCGGUGGACCCGGAGAAGGAUGCCCAGGAGCAGCCAGGGCUCUCGCCGCGGGACUGCAACCGCCUGGGCACCCUGGGCUGCCAGGAGCCGGCGGGGAGGCAGAUGCAGCGCAGCUACACGGCCCCCGACAAGACGGGCAUCCGUGUGUACUACAGCCCCCCGGUGGCCCGGCGCCUGGGCGUCCCCGUGGUCCACGACAGGGAGGGCAAGAUCAUCAUCGAGCCCGGCUUCCUCUUCACCACGGCCAAGCCCAAAGAGUCGGCUGAGGCCGACGGGCUGGCCGAGAGCUCCUACAGCCGGUGGCUCUGCAACUUCUCACGGCAGCGCUUGGACGCAGGCUCGGGGGGCAGCCCGUCGGCGCCAGGGCCUGGCUUCCCAGCGGCCCUGCACGACUUUGAGAUGUCUGGCAACAUGAGCGACGACAUGAAGGAGAUCACCAACUGCGUGCGCCAGGCCAUGCGCUCGGGCUCACUGGAGAGGAAAGUGAAGAGCGCGUCCAGCCAGACGGUGGGCCUGACCAGCGUGGGCACGCAGACCAUCCGCACUGUCAGCGUGGGCCUGCAGACCGACCCCCCCCGCAGCAGUCUCCACAGCAAGAGCUGGUCACCCCGCAGCUCCUCGCUCGUGUCCGUGCGCAGCAAGCAGAUCUCCUCCUCCCUGGACAAGGUGCACUCGCGCAUCGAGCGGCCGUGCUGCUCCCCCAAGUACGGCUCGCCGAAGCUCCAGAGGCGAUCAGUGUCCAAGCUGGACAGCGCCAAGGACCGCAGCCUCUGGAACCUGCACCAGGGCAAGCAGAACGGCUCGGCCUGGGCCCGGUCCACCACCACACGGGAUAGCCCCGUGUUGAGGAACAUCAACGAUGGGCUGUCCAGCCUCUUCAGUGUGGUGGAGCACUCGGGGAGCACAGAGUCUGUCUGGAAACUGGGCAUGUCCGAGGCCCGGGCCAAGCCCGAGCCUCCAAAGUAUGGCAUCGUGCAGGAGUUCUUCCGUAAUGUGUGUGGCCGGGCGCCAAGCCCCACCUCUGCGGCAGGGGAGGAGAGCACCAAGAAGCCGGAGCCCCUCUCCCCUGCCAGCUACCAUCAGCCAGAGGGCAUGGCCAGGAUCCUGAACAAGAAGGCAGCCAAGUCAGGCGGCAGCGAGGAGGCCAGACUCUCGGUGCUCCCCCAGGUGGGGAAGGAUGGUGUCCCCCGGGAGGGAGAUGGAGCCACAGCCCUUCCCAACGAGGAUGCUCUCUGUGACUGUAGCACCCAGUCUCUCACCUCCUGCUUCGCCCGGCCGUCCCGCUCUGCCCUCCGCCACUCUCCUUCCAAGUGCCGGCUGCACCCUUCAGAGUCCGGCUGGGGUGGGGAGGAGAGGGCAGCUCCCCCCAGCGAGUGACAGAGCAGCCGGGCUCCCCACCUCAACCAGCCCAGUCCCUGCAUUGCCGAAGGAAACCCGCGAGGAGGAGCCGAGGCAAGGGGCCCAUGCCCCCAGCAUCGUCUUGCCCUGGAUGGACAGCAGCUACACCACUGCCAGAGAACAGCUUUCCCAUCCAGGUAAAGCGGGGUCUCCUGCUGACUGCUGGGUGGUGAUCCUGGACUUCCCAGGGGAAGGCAGUCAGUGGGAGAAAGAGCACACCUAGGCGUCGGAGGUGGCUCCAGAGGGAUCCCUUGGGAGCUAGUCCGUUCGGAGAGCCUCGCCUGGUUCUGCCCGCAGUCACUUCUCAGAAGAGCCAAGGAAAGGAUACACUUCUGGCGGUGCUCCUCAGGGAAAAGCGCUCACAGAUGUUCCCUGCCAACCAUGUCCUCCUUCGUGGGGAGGAAACACCGAUGACAAGAACGUGGGGUUCCUGGUGGAGCUGAGCUGGGCAUCAUCCCCAUCCCUUCCUUCCCUCCACCGCUUCCUCCUCCCAGCCCCACUGCUCUGGAUCACUGUGGCCCUAGGGGGUAUGAUAGGGCAGUAGCCAGGGCCAGGUUAUCGGCCUGGAAUCCUGGGGCGCUGGAUCUCCCUGCCCGUAGCCUGGAUGCAGCAAGGACUGGAGAAUGAGGUGGAAACAUGUGGGGCUCAGGGUUGGGUAGCCACUGGAACUGCCUCCCUCAUCAAGGUGACUUGGGGGGGCACCAACCUUCCCAGGAUAGAAAUAGGUAGAGUCAGUUUCAAGACCUGGUGCACAGAUAAAUGCCUGAAUGCCCACUGCCUUGAUCGCUGGGGUCUCUUUUCCCAACACCCUGGAGGGGCGCCACAUCUCCACUGUGUUUACAUCCUGUGGCUGGUGGAGGGCAAAGCUAUUCCCAAUGAGAGACUCCCAGUUGGCCACGCCAGGCCAAGGAGCACUCCCAGAGGCCAGUGUCCCCAGGACACGGCAGUGGAUGGGGGCCUGGAAACACAUUUCUUGCCUCAGUUGUUUAUUUGAAUUUUUCUUACUAUAAAUAUUUAAGGUGGUUUUACUUUAUUUUAAUAAUUUAAUUUACCCCAAAGUCCCUAAGGUAAUUUAUUGGAGGUCGAGACAUGUAUUUUUGCCACUGGGACAAAGUGAGGCUUCUAACACAAUGGGCAGGCAUGGGGUUCCCCCAUGCAGACGAGGCAGCUCGGCCGCUGAGCUCGGGUCUCCUGGUCAAGUUUAGACUGCUUCCCCAGCUGACAAGCCCGGCAGCUUGCUCCCCAAUUCUGCUGACCAUCUGGCCUCAGAGCACUGCUUUUCACUCACUGGUACUUGGCCAGCCCCCAGCAGUCAGUCUGCAAACCCUGGCUGACAGGGUGGGGGGCUGGGCCGACAUCCCCACUUCCCAAACAUUCUCCAUCUGCCCUCUCAUUUUGCUCCUCCCUCUGAAACCUUUUUUUUUUUAAUGAGUCAAACAUAGAUUACUAAGGUUCUAUCAAGAGCGUGGAGAUCUCUCCAAGUUCCCCAAGUGAGAACUCAUGGGAAAACAGGACUGAACUUCGAGAAUGUUGUUUAUUGCAGCUUUGCACAUGGACCUGAGAGUGUCUGCCAGCCUGCCUCAGCUCUCACCACCUGCCAGCCUUCUCACCAGCCUCUUUCCUUAGCCUUAUGCCCUCUCCUGGCCCCUCUUCCAGCCCCAGCCCCCCUGCCCGCGCUUCCCCACGUCCCACGUGAGCUGCCUGAGCCAUCGGACGUACUGCAGUGUGGCGGGAAAGGCCUCAGAUGGCCUCUCCCUUGGUGCCAGUGAACCCGUAUCGGUUGCACACAUGCCCGCCACACGCAGAUGCGUGAACCCCCUGCCAUUGGCUGGGGGCUCAGAGUGGAAAUACCAGAAUGAAGCAGCUUGUCUGCGGAAUGCAGGAAGACCAAAAGCCAGCAGCUUUGUGAGUUUGCCCCCAGGACUCAGGAGACACGUCUGCAAUCCCACCUGCUCCCAGUCCUGCCCUUUCAGGGUCACCUGGACAAGUUACCCAAAGUCCUUCAUCUCCAUUCCCUACGGGCACAAUGCAAGGGUCAUGGCAGUCUGACCAGGUCCUUGCUCAUGCCAUAGUGACUUGUGUGGGCAGAGCAGGCCGGCCACGGGAGCCAUGGGCCAGUCCCCCCCCUGGGAUGCUACUGCUCCCACUCAAAAGGUCAGGGGGCCCCUCCAAGGUUAUCUUCAGGUGAGGGGACUCACACCAGGCCACAUGCCACCAGAGGCCUUCUGCCACCUCCCUAAGCUAUGGAGGGCUAUGGAAGCUCCCCAAGCUUCAUUCCCAGCCUUGGGGAGAAAUCCUCAUGAGACCCGAAACCCGAGGCCUACGGACCACUCAGCCUUACCAUCGUCCUCGUCCAACACUGUCCUUGCAGUCUUCUUGUCUCAGCGCCUGGCCACCCGAUCCCCAACUGCUGUCAGAGGCUCCAGAUCUUGGUUUUCAGUAAAGUCCUUGAGUGUCUACUUCCUGCAUUCCACUGUGCAAGGCCACUCACCACUGUUCCUGCAGAAGCCUCUGGACGUGGGGCUCAAUGGGGUUGAAAAUGUUAUGUGUAAAUAUUGGUUUGGUUUGAUUUUUAGCAUUUUAAUUAGUAACUGGUUGUGUUUUCUUUUUUGGGGUGGGGGGGUUGGUUUGUAAAAACUCUCUACUCUUUUGGAAUGUAAUUUCUAAGUUUGUUUGUUUCUUCAAAUGCCUUUUAAGUCUUGGUAACAUUCCCAAAGCAGAAAACUGCCUGACCCACAGGGGAUUCCCCUGGAGCACUGGGGUCCCAGGAAGGAACACUGCCCUUCUUCCCUUUCUCCCCUUCCUGCUUCUCUUCCAUCACUGGACUCCCAGCACCUUCCUCCUCUUCCUUCUCCCCGACCUCCUCUAUCCUUCUUCCUUUUCUACCAUCUCCACUGUCUCCCACCAAAGUUCCAAGGAACCCUGGGGUCCUAAUCCCCUACAGAUCACUGGACUUGGAUCUAUCGUCUUGGCACCAGUUGGUGGGGGGAAGUGGGGGGCCAGGUGCCCUGGUUGACCCUGAACUGGACAACCUCACGUUUCUUAUGUCCGACCUCUUCCCAGAGCCAAACUUGACCCUCCUGGGGACAAUGAUGUCUGUAUUUGAAAUGAAAAUCAGACCACUUUGGCACAUCAGUCGCUCCUAGAUCUUGUGUGCACAAGGCAUCUGUGUCCAAUUCCUGUCCCCCUCUUUCCCUCCCAGGUCGUUCCCCACCAAAGGCUGACCAAAUUAAAAAUACCUCCAAGAGGUCUUGCUUUCUAUGAACUCAAAAUGGACCCCACCUCUUGGUCUUCCCAGGGACACUCCUCUCCCAGCUGCUUCCCCAGCUGACAAAGUCAAGGACCCAAAGACUUCACCCUCCCACAUGCUGUCAUGUGGUCCCAUCAUACCCACCCCUAGGCACCUUUCAUGGUUUCAUCACCCAGCCUGUUCUCCUCUUGCCCACCCAGCUUCCAGGCUCUCCCUCCCUCUCCCUUCCCAUCCAGAAUGUACCCCAACUUCCAACCUUACCAGCCCCCGCCAAGCUCCCACUACUUCUUCACUCAUACUAAUAAUCAUCCCCUGCACACCCCACCUAGAGUACUCUGCUAUCUAGAAAUUGCUCCCCUAUCCCCUAUCCCACAUCUGCUUCAGACCUCUCAGGGACAGCUGUGGGAGGAAGCCUUGGCAGGACAGGGGUUAGUGCAGAUCAGGAAACUGAGGUGCAGGGCUCAUCCCAGAGUCACCUAACUGGGAAGUCAUCGAACCUAGACUAGGACCUGGGUCCAUCGGAUGCCCCAGCCCAACUCUGUCCUGCUUGCUGUGUAAACCCACUGCCUCACUGGGGGCUUUUUUUUGUGGGUACAGGACACCCAGAAUAUGCCACUGCCUAACCCAGACUUGAAACCAUGCAACCAUCACCACUAACCAUUUCUAGAACUUUUUAAUCACCCAGGCUGAAACUCUGUACCCACUGAACAAUAAAUCGCCCCCUCCCCAAGUCCCUGGUAACCUCUACUCUACUUUCUGUCUCUAUGAAUUUGCCUCACCUAGGUAGCUCAUAUAAAUGGAAUCACACAAUAUCUGGACUUUUGUGUCAAACCUCCUCACCUUUUUAGAUGAAAAAUUGGGCCCAGAGAAGAGAGUGGCUCACCCAAGUAAACCCAUAGUAAACUAAAGGCACAGUCAAGACCAGAAUGCUGGUUUCCUGACUCCCAGCAGAUUCUGCAUCCCCAGUGGUGAAUGAGACCCCACUCUGCCAUUCUGUGCUCUUAGUUGGGCCCCUUCCUCUCUCUGGGCUCAGUCUAUUGGCUCCCCUCCUCCCACCCAUCCUCUCUGUUACCAUCUUCCUCCAAAGCUUCCCCUCCUCCUGCCUCCUUUUCUCGGCCAGUUCCCACCAACAUACCAAGUCGCCGUGACCCGUAUGUAAUCAGGUUUUUCUCUUCUGGGUCCCAAGCUUACUUUAGCACCCAUCCCUCAGCCCUCCCAGAACAGCCUCUCCAGCUCUGCUCCCUGCCAUGGACUUCCCUGCUACCUCAGCAACCCCUCCCUGCCCCCUCGGGCUCCCACUCCCGUCCUGUCCCGGAAGUACCUGCGUCUUUGGUUGCCCGACUCCGACGUUUGCUGUCAUAUCUGGUGGUGUUUCCUGGGUUCUGUUUUAUUUAUUUUGCAUUUUCUCACACUAAAGGAGGCACCUUUCCAACACCUCAGAGAGCAUCAGCCUUGCCAGCCCUUCUCACUCGGCUUGGCCCCAGCGACCUCCUAGCCCAGCAGGACAUCUCCUAGGUCCACUGUUGAACCACAUUAUCUUCUCUGUCCCCAACCUCAGGACCCCAUCAGUGUCAACUAUUGUUGGGGGGGGGCUUGAAUCCCUCCUUCUGGGCUCCUGUACCCUACCCAGUCCUGCCUAGCCUUGUUUGUAAAGAAGAUGCAGCCUGGCUUGUGUUCUUCUUUCCCUAGGUCAUUCAUCCAUUGGUCUGUCCAUUUGACACCCCACUAUCCUCUCUGCUCUCCCCUGGGCCUCACUGCCUCCAGAACAGCUUGUCCUGGCUUUACCCCUUAUCCCUCUCAACAGUGUUUGAAGUUUGCGAAGUCCACAGACCCAAAAACCAAAGGGGACAUGGUGCUGGGCCUGCAUUCCCCAGACCAGGGCUCCUCCCCACUACCUGCUACUCUUUCCUCACCUUCCUUGGACCCUCGUUUAUCCAGUCAGCCCCGUUUCCCUCCCUUCCUGCCCUUUACCAGCCCACGGGACCUCAGGCCCUAAAGGAAGGAGCUCUGGUUUCCUCGAAGCAUCCUUGAAGGGUCGAGUUAGUCAGGGCCUGGAUGCGUUGUCACACUCCAUUCGGAUACCAACUCAAACUGCUCCUGGGAAGAAGAACCUCAGCUGGGAAUCUGGAGACCCUGCCCAAGUCUGGGAAGAUCUCUGUUUGGCUGGUUCUGUGAGCCUCCCCAUUCUGUGAUUUUAUCAUGAGCACCAGGAUUACCCCUAGGGCCCCAGAACACCCCUUGUGUUUUGGGAUCCUACAUCACCAUCCUCUCUCCACUGGACCCUGGUAUCCUGGCUCCUCUCUCUACUCUGCCUCUGAUCUCUGUGCCUUAGUUUACUUCUCCGCACAGGGGGCUCACCACAAGACUGUUUCCAGCAGCUUCCCGGGUAUUUUGGUGCCUCUAAGGUUGGGCCUUGCCAGCUGUGGCCCAGCUCCCUGUCACUGCCUCAGGACACCGAGUUGCUGAGGAUGAGGUGCCUGGAGGUUCUCAAAGCAUCUGGAGCAUCACCUGGGAACUUGACAGAAAUGCAGAGUGCUGGCCCUACCCAAGACCUGCAGAAUUAGAAAUUCUGGUGUGGGGCCCAACAAGCUGGGGUUUAACAAGCCCUCCAGGUGAUUCUCAUAUAACAGGACUUGGCCAACUGCUGACCCACGUAGCAAUCCAUGUGGCUGGUGAGGGACAGGCUGGCCCAGACCAGAAACAACUGGAAAAUCCCAGCCUCAUCUGGAUGCCUGAGAGAUUGGGAACGCUCCCUGCCAAAAAAAACAACUAUGUCCUUUUCCUGGAAGCUGGAGGGCAGGGAAAAGGCUACAGUUUUCCUUUCCCUGCCUCUGGCUUGGUUCCAGUUCUGCUCUCAAAAGGCCGUGUAGGAUUGUGCUAGCCCAGCAGCAGGUGGGAGUCCUGGGGGAGAGGGGGCGGGCAGGAGAUAAAGACCCUGACCAUGUAUCCCUUGGAAACCUCACCACAGGCUCAUGACUUCUCUUCAAGUAGUAAGAAAACUAACUCCUCAAGGAAAGACUCCUAAGUCCCUAGCUCCUCCUCCUCUUCCUCCCCCCACCUCCAGGGAGACCGAGUAGACAGUGUCAAAAACCAGCUCCAACCCCCAGCAGCUGAGGAAGAGAGCCAGAAACUGUCCUCUUAUCUUGGCCCCCCUCCCCAACCCCUGCCAAUACUGUGAAGCGCCCCCCUUCCUGCCCAGCCUGGUUUCUUGGUAAGGGUCCUGCAGUCCUGGGCCUUGGGGACUCCCAAGGAAAGGCCCUCGGGAGGGAAGGGACCAAGGCCAUCCUUGGGCCAAACUGUCUGCCUCUCCUGUCCGCUGUUCUCGCUUCCCCACUUCCGUCUUCAAAAGGCUCCUUCCCAAGAUGGAUUGGGUGCUAGGACAACUGGCCCACUCCUCCAUCUCUCCCUGCCCGUGUCUUAUUUCAGACAUGAGAAUAACUGUACAGUGUAAACUUACAAAAGGUUUUUAAUGGUUGUAGAUUGGAAAUAAAGUAUGUCAUAUGAACAGUU